UUUCUAUACUUAGAGUUAGAGGCGUACAGAAUUUAUUUUUAUAUAUCUCGUUAAAUGAGUACUAGAAACUGGCCUUAAACGUGUAACCUGUAACGACCCCAUGACCUUAAUGAUAUUUAUUGUUUUGACGUGUAAUAUGUCAAACGUCAUAGUCAACUGAUCCGGAAUAUCGGCCUGUUAUUGGAUAGAAAAUUGGAGGGAAGACAAAUUUAGAAAAAUAUCAACAAAAUCAAAAAUAAAAUAAAUAAACUAUAAACAUACAAAAAUAAAGUCAUUAUUAAAUUUCUUAGAUUUGUUCAUUAAGUGGAAUUUAGAAAAAAAAGUUGAAUAAUUGUCAGGAGUAAGUCAGUACCAGGUUGAUAGUUUAGAUAGUCCUUAAGGCCAGUGAGAAUUAAGUAUGUGUGAUAACUACAUAUUGCAAUAUCAUAAACAAGAUAUUUUAACUAUCUUGGAAAACCCCAAUAAGGAGGGCAAUUUUUGUCUUAAUAUCAAUUUUCAAGAAUUAUUUGACAGAGAACCCACCUUAGGCCGCAGCUUACUCUCCGAUCCAGAAACUGUCUUAAAAAAAUGGAAUGAUGCUGCAUUUAUGGCCCAAGGCACCUUUUUAAAAAACAAUCCAAAUUUUGUUUUAAAAAAUAAUGUCAACUGCAGAGUUUAUAACUUACCACCAAGCUCUCAAACCAGUUUGCCUGGGAAUGAGGAUGUAAAUAGAUUUUUGCAAGUUACUGGCACAGUAGUAAGAAUGUCUGCCCGGAAACUCCUAGAAUUUCAGAGGCAGUACAUUUGUGUCAAAUGUAAAUAUCCUGUUACAGUUGAAGCUCAAUAUGAUAAAAUGAAUAUUAUUAAACAGCCAAAGAGUUGUCCUAAUCCAGAAGGUUGCAAUAGCAAAACUCUACUCACUUUUGGAGAAUUACAUAACUACAACUGUAAAGAUUACCAAGAAAUUAAAAUUCAAGAGGAUCUAUCCAGGUUGGAAGGGGCAGUGCCCAACCAUAUGAUAGUCACUUUGGAAGAUGAUUUGGUGAAUACUUGCAAACCAGGAGAGAAUGUUACUAUUACAGUUAUAGUAAAAAGACGAUGGGCAGAAUUUGAUAAAGGGGCCAAAAUUCUGGUAGAUGUUGUAAUAAGGGCAAAUUAUUUGGAAGUUAACAAUAGUGCCUGCCAUUCUUUUGCUGUAUCUGAUGAGAUUAAGGAGUUUUUUGAAGAUUUUUGGGAAAGGCAUGCCGAAGAGCCUUUAAUUGGCAGGAGUAUCAUUUUAAAAUCCAUUGUACCAGAGAUUUGUGGCUUACAUUUAAUGAAACUCGCCCUAGCAAUCGUAUUGGCCGGUGGAAGCCCAAAUAAGGAAAGCGAGGAAAACACUGGGGUGGACAGGAGAUCUGAAUCACAUUUGCUCUUCGUAGGCGAUCCUGGGACAGGUAAAUCUCAAAUGCUACGUUUUGCCUCUAAAAUAAUUUCCGGAUCCGUUUUAACCACUGGGGUUGGCUCUACUGGGGCCGGUCUCACCGUUACAGCAGUAAUGGAUAAUGGAGAAUGGCAAUUGGAAGCUGGUGCUCUAGUUAUGGCUGAUGGAAGCCUCUGCUGCAUUGACGAAUUUAAUUCCAUGAAAGAACAUGAUAGGAGAAGUAUACAUGAAGCUAUGGAGCAACAGACUAUUAGUGUCGCUAAGGCAGGAAUAGUGUGUAAACUUAAAACCCGCUGCACUAUUUUGGCAGCUUGUAAUCCAAAGGGUAACUUAGACCCUGAUCAACCCUUAUGUAUGAACGUGGCCAUGUCCAGUCCAUUAUUAAGCAGAUUCGACUUAAUUCUUCUAAUGAGAGACAUAGUGAAUGAGGAGAAUGACAGAAAUAUUGCUAAAUAUUUACUGAACGUAGAUGGCAAAGUAAAGGAUGAUAGUGAAGUGUGGACCUUAAAAAUUUUACAGGCCUAUUAUUCUAUUAUAAGAAAAGAAGCGCCAAAGUUAACCAUAGAGGCAGAAACGAUUCUUAGUACAUAUUAUCGGCUACAGAAGCAAUGUGUCGGACAGAAUAAGGCUAGAACUACUGUAAGGCUGUUGGAGAGUCUUAUAAGGUUAUCCCAAGGCCACGCCAAACUAAUGUUUCACCAACAAGUGGAAAUCCAAGACACAAUAUUCGCCAUCGUUUUAAUCGACACCGCAAUGGACCGAGAAACUUCGCUUCUCAACUUGAAAGUGGAUAACGACAGCUUCGAACGUCCUGAGGAACAAUACUGGGAAAUCUCGCAAAUUAUCCUUGAAAAACUCAAUUUGGACUAUAUUUACGAACGGGAAGUGAAGAAAAAAAAGACGGCACCGUUUAAAAAACCGCCGGAAGUGGUUCCGCAAAAGCGAGACGUGAAACCGGCCCUUUUGUUUACACAGAAGAGAUUUGAUCCUGAGGAUAUUUUAACGCAAAAUGGGACAAGUUGCCUGAGAGCGAUUCAAAUACGCAAUAAUAGCUUUAGUAUGGGCCAAAAAGGGUCAAAUUUUAGCGAAGAUAGUGGGAAUUUUAGUAAAGAUUAUAGCUCUGGUGAUUGUCAGAAGCCUUCGUUGCCAAAAUCUAAUCUAAACUCAUUUUUGGAACGACACACUCAAACGCAGAAGGGAACGAUUCACUCCCAAAGUAUUACAUGCAGGAGGGAGCAUAAAGUGUUAAAUUUUACAGAAAAGAGUGUAGGAACUUCCGAUAGAGAUUACAGUUCUGGAUAUGCUCAAAAAAUUAUUCUGGAUCAAACAGAAAAGCAAACUAGUCCAUAUACAACAGGUGUAUCUUCAAAAACAAUUAAACGUCAAUUUCCAAAGUCACUUUUGGAUGAUGCAGAUUUAGAUUUUGAAAUGAAUUUUAACAAAUUUCCUUGCACUUCUCAAAAUUUGAAAAAUCCUGCUGAGAGAGUUGAAGGUGAUACUGCGAAAGGUGGUGAAAGAGAAGACGAGGAAAUGAAUUCCGAUAAAAUCGUAUUAGGUUGUACCAAACAAUCUAUGGCACGAAAAUGUAAAGCAAAUAUAAGUGAAGACAGUGGAAAUUUUACUAUUGAAUACAGCCCAAUGAUUAAUAAAAAACCACGAAAAUUUAACUUUGUUAAAAAAAAUCCUAAAGAAUCUCCUAUUGUGGAAAAACCAGAUCUUAAAAAAUCCUUGGAGCGCCCUCAACCGAUCCAAACCAAACAAUCAAAGAAAUCUUUAUCAGAAGUUGUAAAAAGUUACGGUGAGAUGGACUGGGACAUGGAUUUUGAUCAGUAUUUUGACAAUAUAAAGUCCCAACAGAGUCAAUCGGAGGCCCAGACUAACAGACCUAAAUUUGAAUCACAUUCUGUACAAUCUAAUAUAAAUAAACUUGAAAAUAGUGCAGUGGAUAGAGAGUCCAUUGCAAGUGACGAUUUGGAUAUUGAGAAUUGCGUUGACUGGAACUUAGGAGAAGACGAUGACUUUCCUACGAGUACCCAAGUUGAAAAAAAUAGGAAGGAUUUUUUAAUAAAAAAUCAAGCAAAUAUUUCAGUUGUUGAAAAGAACCCUCAAGAUGUUCCAGAAAAACGUAACAGUAAUAAAUUACCAAAAGCUAAAAGUUCCAUAGCAGAUCUCUUCGCAGCAUUUAAAUAUCAACCGAGAGAAGAUAAAGAAGAAAUAACAACGGAAAAAGCUUUAACUUGUACUACAAACACCGAAAAAUUAAGUGAAAAUGCAGUUAAGAACAUAGAAAAUGAAGCCCCAAAAGUUGUUGUAGGUAAAGCUAACAUCUACAAUGGAUCAAAAGGCCGUAAACCUACAUUUCCUAAAUCGGUUCUUGACGACGAAGAUUUUGAUUUAACCCCAUUUGAUUUUACUUCUCAAAUAUCAGAACGACCAUCUCAAAAUUCACAAAAGACAUUUAAAAAAGUGAACAGUGAAACAUCUUUAAACGAAAAUAUCUCUUCACAAAAAAGCGGAUUCUCAUCGAUAAGUUUAUCGCAAACUGAGAGUGAAUUUUCAAAAUCGUUUCUCGACGAUGAAGAUUUGGACUUUGAUAAGAACCCUUUUUUGCCUCAGAGAGUGGAGACCCCUGGUGAUAGUAGGGACUUUUGUGAUAUGGGUCAGAAAACUCAGAUGGGCUUUAUUAGGGAUAAAUUUACUUUUAAGAAGGGUGGGAAAUUGUUAUCUAGGACUGAUAGUAGCAGUUCUACGAACUAGGAUGAUCACGGUAUCUAUAGUUUAAGAGUUUUUCAUUUAUUUUUUAGGAAACUGUGAUAUAUGGAUAGUGCUAGUUUUCUAAAAAAUAUUAGGUUCAGUUGUUCAAAGUUUUCUUCUAUUUCCAACUGAUAUGUGAUUUAGUUGUAAAAAUACUUUUUGUUCUAGUUUGUGUUAAAAUAUACAUAAAUUUAAUGUUA